CGCGCUCUCUGUGGACGUAGCCCCCCGACUCGAGCCGAGCGGGCGGGAUUGGGGUCGAAUCCCGGCGUGCCAGCCUGGCCUUGGCGCCCCCAUGAAAAGCAAGCAGCUCGCGCUCACUCUGCCCUGGGACAAGGAUGCCAGGAAGUUCAAAACGUACAGGAGCCACACCAAGAUAAUGGCCCAGCCCGGCAUCGUGAUGAAGGUGCUGCGCAGGAAGAGGAUGGUCCUGUUCGCCGCCUACGUGCUGCUGCUGGUGCUGACCAUGCUCAACCUGGCCAACUACAGGUGGGCCAAGGAGCCGCAGCAGUGCAACCACCAGAUGCGCAGCGCCGUGUACCAGAGCCGGUCCGACAUCCGCUUCCUGUACAAAGCGCCCGUGGCCAAGAAGAGGCAGCUGGUCUACGUCCUCACCACGUGGAGGUCCGGCUCCUCUUUCUUCGGGGAGCUCUUCAACCAGAACCCGGACGUGUUCUUCCUCUACGAGCCCAUGUGGCACAUCUGGCAGAAGCUGUACCCCGGGGACGCCGUCUCCCUCCAGGGGGCGGCCCGGGACAUGCUGAGCUCGCUGUACCGCUGCGACUUCUCCGUGUUCCAGCUGUACAACAGCCCCGGGGGCAAGAACUUCACCUCGUUGGGGCUCUUCGGGGCCACGCUGAACAAGGUGAUCUGCUCGUAUCCCCUGUGCUCCGCCUACAGGAAGGACGUGGUGGGAAUGGUGGACGACAAGGUGUGCAAAAAGUGUCCCCCGCAGAGCCUGCGGCUGCUCGAGGACGAGUGCCUCAAGUAUGGCACGGUGGUCAUCAAAGGCGUGCGCAUCCUGGACGUCAACGUCUUGGCUCCUCUGAUGGAGGACCCUUCGCUGGACCUGAAGGUGAUCCACCUUGUGAGAGACCCCCGGGCUGUCGCCAAUUCCAGGAUAAAGUCCCGACACGGCUUGAUACGGGAGAAUCUGCAGGUGGUGAGAAGCCGGGACCCCAAGCUGCGGCGCAUACCCUUUGUAGACCCCAACCAUAAGGCGAAUAAAAAGGACAGUUCGGACUACCACUCUAUCGGGGCCAUGGAGGUGAUCUGCGACAGGACCUCCAAGACCCUGAGGACGGCCCUCAACCCACCCAGCUGGCUCAAGGGAAAGUACUUGGCGGUGCGGUACGAAGACCUGGUGGAGAACCCCAUCAGGACUUUGCGGCACGUUUACAAGUUCGUCAACCUGACCGCGAACCACGACAUCGAAUCUUUCGCCUUGAACAUGACCAGCGGGACGGGGUCCUCGUCGAAGCCCUUCAUCGUUUCGUCCAGGAACGCCACGCAGGCCGCCAGCGCAUGGAGGACCGUACUGAGCAUCCAACAGAUCAAGCAGGUGGAGGACUACUGCCACCAUGCCAUGUCUCUACUCGGCUACGAACGGGUCCGAACCCCAGCGGAGGCCAAAGACCUCAGCAAGUCCCUGCUGUCGGCCCCCAAACUCUGACCACGUGUUUCCAUUCUGCAUCAAUUACAGUUAAUUUGUCCCAUUUUCAGCAUUAAAACAUUAUUUAAGUCAGUGCUUUGGGAAAUAAAAUUCCAGUGUCAUGUUGGAAUGUAUGAGAUAUUAUUUUAAUUUCUUUUAAAACGCGACGGUGGCGCUCAGCAGGACCGCUGGCUGUAUUGCACAGCGCAGUGCCUAUAAACAAUAACUUGAAUAACAAAAGGUGAAAAAAUUUAGAUGUCUUGUGUAGUUUACAUAAUUUAGAGGUGUAGUGUUACUGUUGGGUUCUGUUGACGAGUCACCCGAGUUACGAUUCGGUGUCGGAUAGACAGUACCGGCAGUACCAGUACCAGUAGACGGUGCCAGAAUGGACAGUACCAUUGUGUGAAAGUCAGGAGGAGGAAGUUGCGUGGGUUUGUAUUAGAGGAAAACUGUGACUGUGGAAGUGAGACAGUGGGGAAGCACCUUCUGAUGAGGAAGCCUUUUGCUGUUUGUUAAUACUGGAGAAAUUCUCUGAGAGACAAUCAAUUAAACUCGUUUGCAUCGAUUACGCUGUGUGGUGACUGCGCUCAGUGCAAUAUUUGCCCCAGGGGUGGCUGCUUCUGCAGCCAGAGGCUUCACACUGAAAUCGGUAUGUUCUCCCUUUCAUCUGAGGCCAUUCUUUUAUUUUUCUCUAGGUUGUUAUAUGGAGUAAAAAUGCGUUUUUUUCCCCCCCAGUGAAGAGUGUGUCUCAAAGCGCAGGUCAUGAAAUGAGUAUCGCAGAUAUUUUUAUAGAUCAAAUGGCUUUUGUCAUAAAAUUUAAG